AUGGACUACGAUUUCAAGGCCGGACCUCCACCCUACAACACUUCUUCCUCUUCAUCCACCUACCAAAUGUACCCUACGGUCACCCCUCACGGCCACGCCGCCGCACUCCCCUCCCACCCCCACCGCUCUUCUCCCCCUUCCUCUUCUCCGGGAUUGGGUAUUAGAGUUUUCAUAAAGCCAGAAUAUAGGAUCACUCCGCCGCCCCAUUUGUUACCACUUACUGGAGAUAUUCAACGUGGCAACUUCCAGUUUGAUUUUGGAUUGGAGAGAAAAAUCCUUUCUGAGGCAAAUAAAGAAAACCCAAAUUGGAGCAAGUUUGGAAUGGAAAAUCUUCCAACUAAGGUUACUGAAACAGUGUCACCAAAGGUUUCUGUUUCAGAUCCCAUUGUGAGCAAAUAUAUUGCCAUGGGGCUCAGCCGGGAGGCUGUUCCCAUUGCUGUCGCAAGUUAUGGUGAUAAUCCAACCAAGAUUCCGGAAUUUGUCAAGAGCUAUACCCUUCUGCGUGAAAUGGGAUUUUCGUCAACCAGCGUUGCUGAAGCCUUGGUUAUGUAUGAUAAUGAUACUGACAAAGCAUUAGCUCAUUUCCUCAACGGUUCAUCAUGA